UGAUUAUACCGGGUUAUUAAUGGCAUAUGAAUGAAGGUUAUAAGGUAUGUAGUUGAGUAGAAUAUGUAGGCUGAGUGGUAAGUGAUGUAAUGAUAACCAAAUAAGGGAAAGCAAUAGAGGAAGUGUGAUAUUUAUAGUUGAUCUGUACCAUACAUUGUACACUUAUCUAUCUAUCUAUGGUAUAUACGUCAAUUUUAUCCAUAACUAUACUAAAUUGAAUGGUAACUUAAUAGUGAUAAUUGUAGAUACAGAUUACACCUAACUAUACUCUACAACGCAUCAGACCUUUCCCUUUUAACCCAUGUAAGGUCAUCCACUGUAACAAAUUUUUGCACUCAUUUCCAGUUACCAAACCUGCCACCAACGAAAAAUUGAGUAUCAAAAAAUUUCUGCUUAAACUCUGGAGACGACUACAAUUGAUCCCUGUUCAUUAUAUAUCCUUUCAUUAUAUCACCACAAUGACAGACUAUCUCAACUAUAAGGUCAAUCUAACAUUGAAAGAUGGUAGCAAACCAACUGGUGUCAUCACUCAUGUUGAUAAAAAUGGUAUCACUCUUGGUAAUGUUCUUGAUCAUCAACAACAAUCGAUACCAAAUAUUGAUAUCUUAAGUAAUCAAAUAUCUGAUUUGAAAGUGAUCCAAUUACCUCCUGAAUUGUAUAGAUCGACUAAAAAGAACAAUGGUAAUAAGAAAUCAAGACAAUCGAACAACAUCAAUCCAUUGGAUGAUGCUAUUAUAUUCUCAUCAAAAGAUAGUGAUUCUGAUCAAACUCCAAAAUCAACUAUCAAUAGAUCAAAUACUCCAAAAUUAAAAUCUCAAAAAGGUUCAUACCACAAUCAAGAAAAUGAUCCUGAUUGGAAUGGUGAAGGUGAUGGUAAUGUCAAAUCCUUAACUGAAUUUGAUUUUGCGGCCAGUAAUAAAAUGUUUGAUAAAUCAACCGUAUUUGCUGAUUUUAAAAAGAAAGAUACUAUAAACCCUCAUGAUAGAUUAGUAGGUCAUAAUAAACUUGAAAAUGUUUUGAAAUCAGCUGCUUCGAAAUCAAAGAAGGAUAAAUAUGAAAUUGAUGAAAUGGUUCUUGAUUCAAAUAAAAAGGAUAAUUGGGAUAAUAUUGGUAAUACUAGUUCAAGAAGACAAUCUAAAUUUGAAAGAUCAAAAUCUCCUAAUCCUGCUAAAGAUAAUACAGUAUCCCAUACUAAUCUUAAACUUGUCGAUUCAUUAUCUUUAAAUCCAAUUAAUCUUGCUUCUCCAGUUCAAUUAUUAGAAGUUGAAAGAUUAAGUUCAAUCUCUUAUGGUAUUACUCCAUCUAUAACUUCAGAAAUUGCCGCCUCAAACUUAUCUCAAUUAAUAACUAAUACCAUCUUAGGUGGUUCAACUCGUUUAAGUAAUAAAAAGAAUCAUAAUUUACCUCCUUUAGUCCUUUUAUUAAUUGGAUCAUCAAGAGUUGGAAGUCGUGCCUUUGCAACCGGUCGUCAUUUAACUAAUCAUGGAGUUAGAGUAUUAGCCUAUGUUAUUAAUGAUGAAAUAACAGAUGAAGAUCAACCUGAAGAAGAUUCAACCAAAGAACUUUUAUUACAAUGGAAUCUUUUCGAACAUACCGGUGGAAAAAUCAUUACUAGUGAUUUCACUGAUCUUUUGGAUAUUAUAAAUAAUCAAUUAGAUACUCCUGUUGAAUUAAUCAUCGAUGCAUUACAAGGUUAUGAUGAUCAUUUAGAAGAUUUAUUCUAUGCUGAAAAUGAUACCAACAAUCUUAAUCAUCUUAUAAAAUGGUGUCAUGAAUCAUACCAACAAUCAAGAAUAAUGUCCUUAGAAAUCCCCUCCGGUAUAGAUGGUGGAUCAGGUACUCUCACCAACGAAGCAUGGAGUAUCACAUGUCAUUGGUGUAUUUCAUUCGGUAUACCUGUUACAGGAUUAUUAUUAGCUUAUAAAAAUGGUCAAUUGGAUGUUGAAAAUGAUGAUAUUUCGCAUUAUCUUAUUGAUAUCGGUAUUCCGAAUAAAGUAUAUAAUUCCAAGAGUAAUCUUAGAAAGUUUGAUAAGUUCUGGUAUAGUGCUGAUUCAAUUAUCAAACUUGAUAUCACUGAUGUAUAAAACCUUGUGUAUAAAAUUGAAUUUAAUUAAUUGUAAACUAGCAUCCAUAUAUAUAUAUAAUUAGACAUGGUUGGUAAUUUUGGCCAUGAUCCCGCGUAGUUUUGAGCACUAACUGUCUUUUUUUUUUCAA